UUAAAUUGUCUCAUUGAUUCACAAAAUAGUUUAAUUUUUCCAUAGUGGUUUGUUUUGUUUCUGAAAUUGUUGAUUUCACUAAGCAUUACAUUUUAACCUAUAAAUCUCGUAGGAUAUAAAUAAAACUAAAAUGGCAAAAAGUAAUAUUAAUAAAGGCAAAGGAAAAAAUGCCGAUGAAAUUUUCAAUGCUUUCCAAACUUUGCGCAACGAACAAAGACAAUUAGCAAAUAAAAUUACUGAAUUAGAGAUGGAUCUGAACGAGCACAAGAUUGUUAUAGAGACAUUACAAGGGGUUGAUAAGUCGCGAAAAUGUUUCCGUAUGGCGGGUGGAGUGCUGAUUGAGAAAACCGUGGGCGAUGUAUUGCCUGUACUCGAAUACAAUAGAGAGCGUUUGCCGCAAGCGAUCGAGGCUUUGAACGAGCAAUUGGCGCGUAAAGGAAAAGAAAUUAACGAAUACAUCGAGACUCACGACAUCCGAGUACACCGAGGCCAUCGGGCGCCCGAGACCGCACCAGAACAAGCUACCAAAUCUAAUGUUCUUGUUGCUAGUGAAUGACCGCCUUAGCUUUCUAAUUACUGAAUAUCUCGUUAAUCAUAGCUUUUAUAUAGUUGUGAAUCAACUGUUUAAACAAUGCCUUUAAUUAUUUAUUGUAGCCGUGAGGCAUACAAGUUACUAGACCUCUGAUGAACAUCAAAAUCAAACUGUUUUCUACAUAUCAACGCUGGAAAGCAUAAACGCUGUAACCCUUGAAAUCGCGAAUAUGUUUUUCACACGUUAAUAAUU